AUGGCGCCGCCGCUAUAUACAACACAAUCUGGACGUUUGUGGCAUGCGGGCCAAAUCCUCGUGGUGACGGUAGGAUUGCCUGGGCGUGGAAAAACGCACCUCGCGCAUUCGAUCCAGCGUUACCUGCGCUGGAUGGGUGUGCAAUGCCGCGUAUACAACCUAGCAAACAUGCGGCGUAGUAUGUUGGGCCCAUUGAACCAGCUGCCUGGGGAUUACUUUGGAAAUGUACAACAUGAUACCGAGACAAAGAUGAUGCGUCUGAAUGUAAUGGAGCGGCUCGAGAGUACGAUCCGACAGUUUUUCGAGCAAGGUGGCCAAGUCGCUGUAUACGAUGCAAACAACAGCAACCACGAGCGGCGGUGUUUGAUCCAGGAAGAGUUUGGGAAAAUGGGUGUGCAAGUUUUGUUUAUCGAAUGUGUGUGUGAUGAUGAGAUGCUCAUCGAGCGGAAUAUUCGGUCUAUGCAUCAUUUCAAUCCAGACUACCAGGGCUGGUCUCCCGAAGAUAUAUUUGCCAAUUUCCGCCAGAGGAUUGCUAUGCAUGAAUUAGAUUACGAGCCAAUUACCGAGCCUACCGCACCACAUGUUCAACUACUGAAUCUCGGGCAACGCAUUGUCGUCAACAACGUGCAUGGGUAUCUUCAGAACCGGAUUGUGUUCUUCCUCAUGAACAUGCACAAUCAACAACGUACGAUCUACUUUGCCCGCACGGGUGAAGCACUGAUCGAGCAUCUGUACAAGGCAGAUGCGGACCUCUCAUCCCUAGGUUCGCAGUAUGCACAGCGCUUGCACGACUUUGUCAUGGCUUUGCGUGCGAAAAAAACAUUCGCAUCAGACGAGUCGUGUGCGACGCUCUCACAACAACACACGUUGUCGUUCAUCACCUCAUCCGGCAAAAGUGUGUUGAGUGAUGAUGUUGAAGGAUGGGACGAUGAGUGCAGAGAGUUGCAAGUAUGGUGCUCAACACGCAAGAGUUCACUCAACACAGCGACACCUUUUCGUUUGCAGGGCACACGAGUGAUGGAAAUGACGCAGCUUGGCGAGCUCAAACCCGGGGUCGUCGAUGGCAUGACCGAAGAAGAUCUUCACACACGGUUCCCACGCUACCAGGAAGAACAGGCCAAAGACCCAUACAGUUUCCGAUUCCCACGUGCCGAGAGCUAUCAUGACCUGGCGAUUCGUCUCGAAUCUGUGAUCCUCGAGUUGGAAAGGGCUCGUGAGGACGUGCUGAUUAUUGCACAGCCGUCGGUGCUCCGUUGCCUGAUUGCAUAUCUGCAGGGCAACAAACCGCAGGAGAUCCCCUUUAUCCAAGUGCGCGAAGGCGACUUGGUCGAAAUCCGGCCGCAGGCAUUUGGUCUAGCGACACGACUGUUCUCCUUCUGGGACCCUGAAAAGGAGCGUGAGCAACGCGAUAUUGACUUCGCUAUGCGCGCUGCGAUGGCCGUAUCACAAGACUCUGAGAGUCGCCUGCCUCAGCAUACGGACCUUCAUGGAAACUCUCUACUACCCUGA